AUGGCUGAAAAGCUCACGCCUAAGGACGUCCAGUACAAGACUGCCGUUUUGAACGGCAAGACUUACAGCUAUAUUCUGGCUGAACCUCAAGGCAAAUGCCUCAACACUAUUUUCCUAGUUCAUGGAUGGCCUGAUAUGGCGUUUGGUUGGAGAUAUCAGAUUCCCUUCCUAACCUCUCUUGGCCUUCGAGUCGUUGCACCGGACAUGAUGGGUUACUCUGGAACCGAUGCGCCAGAUUCCCCUGAAUUCUACACCUACAAGCGCGCGGCUGAUGAUCUGGCUGCUCUUGCAAAAGAACUUGGCCUGUCUAGCAUUAUACUCGGAGGACACGACUGGGGAGGAGCGGUAGUCUAUCGCGUUGCGCUGCGAUAUCCAAAGCUCAUAUCUGCUUUCUUCUCUGUCUGCACUCCGUAUUUCCCACCACGCAAGGAAUACUUCCCCAUCAGUGCGCUGCCAAAUUUCAAGUACCAGGUUCAGCUUGCAUCUGGUGAAGUGGAAAAGCAUAUUGUGGGGGAAGAGAAGCUUGGUCAGUUAUUGAAUGGAAUGUAUGGGGGUAGAACUCCUAGUGGAGAAACGACGUUCGACGUUGCCGUUGGUGUUGUUUACGACAAUUUGCCUGAAGUAGGACCCUCGCCUUUGUUGAGUAAGGAGGAGAUAGACUUUUAUGUAAAGAGAUAUGCGAUUCAUGGAAUCCAUGGACCAUUGAACUGGUACCGAACCAGUGAGCUGAAUUUCAAUGAUGAAAUAGAGUUGGCGGAAAAAUCCGUGGAAGACCUGAAAUUUCAGAUGCCGGCUUUGUUUAUUGGAGGAACGAAGGAUCAAGCCUUGCCGCCAUCCCUGGCAGCUGGAAUGGAGAAGUCGUUCAGAAGUCUAACAAAAGGAGAGGUCAACGCUAGCCACUGGGCUUUGUGGGAGAAACCCGCCGAAGUGAAUCAGUACCUCAAAGAGUUUCUUUUUGGGCAGGUCGGUCUAGCCAAAGCUAGCUUAUAA